AUGGCGAGUGGUUCCGGAGCGCAUGGCGACAGCGAGGACGAUCCCGCACCGGGAGACUACCCUCAUGACGAUGCCGACCCCUCACAAUUCUCGACUCAGGAAACUCCCUCCUCAGACCCAAAGCUCACCUCUCAAUCGUUACCACUGCAGAAGCGCCGACGAGUCGGUCGCGCCUGCGACGAAUGCCGCAGGAAAAAGAUCAAGUGUGACGGCAAACAGCCAUGUACCCACUGUACAGUCUAUAGCUAUGAGUGUUCGUACGACCAACCCUCCAACCGUCGUCGCAAUCCCGCCCCGCAGUAUGUCGAAGCCCUGGAAGCUCGCAUGCAAAAGGCCGAGGCCCUCCUUCGAGCGGUCCUUCCAGAUGUCAACCUCGAUGACCCGAAUCUAGACGUGAAUGCUCCAGAGUACCGUUUACCCUUCCACCUAAAAGACAAGCAACCGGCGACCGGCGGAGUCGUCCCGAAACCCCAUGGAACGUCUGCGGAGACCGGCCCCGAAGCCGGCGACGAGUCUCUGUUGGAGACGAUGGUUGGGAAUACUGGCUGUCUUGACCGCGAUGAUCAGGGACAUUGGGACUAUCAUGGACACACCUCGGGAAUCAUCUUCGUCCGCCGCCUGCGCAAACAAUUAGGUGCGGUUGAACCGCCCGUUCCUCGAAACAUGACGGCGAUGCUCGAAAGUCCCAAAUCGGUGUCCGUCUCCGAUUCGCCGCAGGAUGCUUCAUUGCCUCCUACGCACGAUCUUCCCCCGCGGGCGGUCGCUAUUCGACUGUGUCAUAAUGCACUGGACGAUGCCUGCUCUUUGAUGCGCUUCGUGAUUGAACCCAAAUUCUUCGCGAGUCUCGACCGUAUCUAUGAAACACCCCCUGAGCAGUUUGGUAAUGAAGAGAACUCGUUCUUGCCUCUAUUGUACAUUGUUAUGGCGGUCGGAUGUUUGUUCUCCGAUGACGGUGCCGGAACUUUGGAUUUGGCAGGUUACGAGGGUGCGAUUGGUCAAGGAUUCCAAUUCUUCAAGGCGGGACGGCAGUUGCUAGAGAUAACGGAUUGCCGAGACCUCACCUCACUGCAAGCAAUUUGUUUCAUGGUGCUUUUCCUCCAAUCAUCUGCCAAGCUGAGUACUUGUUACUCGUAUGUUGGUAUUGCGCUUCGAUCAGCUCUGCGAUUGGGUCUCCACCGCACAGUUACGGCCGACUUCAAUCCGAUCGAGCGAGAGCUGCGGAAGCGCAUCUUCUGGGUUAUCCGCAAGAUGGAUGUCUACGUCAGUACCUUGCUGGGUCUCCCUCAAAUGCUGAGCGACGAUGAUAUCGACCAAGAAUAUCCGAUGGAAAUCGAUGGAGAAUUUAUCACUGCAGAGGGCAUCACUCAGAUGCCCACCGACUAUACCCCGCUGAUGGCCGGAUGCAAUGCGCAUACACGUCUUUGCAACGUCGUGCUAAAGGUCGUGAAAUACAUUUAUCCGGUGAAGAAUGCGCGCUAUCGGUCCAAGUCUGACCAGCGCUAUAUGGUCAGCCAUUCGAAGAUCCGAGAGAUUGAGCGUGAUCUUCAGGCCUGGAUGGAGGAACUUCCUCCGGCGCUGCGUCCGGGCACAGAGGUGUCACCCCAACUUGAACGCAUUCGUCAACUGCUGCGUAUAAGUUACGCGCAUGUACAAAUGGUCAUGUAUCGCCCGUUCUUACAUUAUGUAUCCGGUGGCUCUCAAGCACGUGGUGUCGAUAAGCGGUCUUACGCUUGCGCUGCCGCUUGUGUUAGUGUAUCCCGAAACAUUGUCCAUAUCACGACGGGCAUGCACAAGAGGGGCCUUCUCAACGGCUCUUUCUGGUUCACGAUGUAUACCACCUACUUUGCCAUUCUUUCCCUCAUUUUCUUCGUCGUCGAGAAUCCCGAUUCGCCCACUGCCAAGGAUGGCGUUUUGAAGGAUGCCAUGGAAGGCAAGAACACUCUUGCCGGGCUGGCCAAGAAGAGCAUGGCAGCGGACCGAUGCUCCCAGAGCCUAACAUGCCUUUUCAAGACUCUACCAGAAAUGCUAAAGAGCCGCCAAGGCUCCAAGGCUCCCAUCAACCUCAAGCGACGUGCACCUUCUAAUUUUGCUUUGGAACCCGAAUCUAUUCAAAAGCAACCGGUACAAACCUUGCCUACUCGCUCGAGCACAUUCCCUGCCCAAAUGAUGGCGCAGUCGUCCCCGACAAACGCUGCUGCAAGCCGCCGGCAAAAGAGUCUAGACACUCAGCCUGUCAACAACAGACCACCCGAAAGUGGUACCCAGUCUGCUUGGUUGGCGUCAACCCCAGAGCUUUUAACAGAGACCAUGUCUACUCCAGAGCCAUCCUCUGCAACCUCAUUCAACACCUCUUUCUCCAACCAAGAGCCGUCAAGCCUGGCCUGGGCUCAGCAGUUCAAUAACCCGAAUAAUCUGCCAGACCUGAUGCCCAUGAUGUUCCCCUCUGAUGAUCCAUUUGCUUAUCCCACGCAACCCAUGUCCACAUUGGAAGACGAUCACUUCAAACAUGAGCGCAGUGGUGCCCCGCAGAGCCAACCGUCAUUCGACUCUCCCUCUCAGCAACAAGGCAUGGGAUCGAACACACCGAGUGACCAGUCUGGGACGGGAAUAUCCACGCCCAGUUUCGAUGCGUUUGCCAAUUUCUCGAAUUUCCCAAUGAACCCCGGAUCAGGAAUGAAGUCAUCCAUUCCCAACCGCUUACAACAACCCACGACUCAACCCAUGAACCAUUCGCGACUGCACUCACCAAUCUCCCAAGGCCAGACCCCCAGUGAACACCUCAGCAGCCCAGACUUGGUUUCCAUCCCGAAUCAAAACUUUGUAUGGCAAGGUUAUAAUUUCCAGCCAGCAAACGUGGAAGCCGUGAAUAAUGAACCCACGACGAGUACGAUGCAGCAGGAUACUGCUCCUCUGAACGGGUUACCUGAUUUCAACAUGGGACUGGACGAGAAUGCCUUGGGUAUGAAUAUGGAUUUGGGUAUUUCCUUUGACGAUUUGUUUGGCAACAAUGCGAAUUUCCGACCUGGCGCUGGCGCAGCCAAUGAUGACUGGACUCAAUGGAUGAAUGCUGGAGUUUAG